AUGACGGCCGAGAAAAAAGACACGGAAGGGCAGAUGCCCCAUUCCGGUGACGUCGAUGCGGCGUUGGAGUACCUUGAUCAUGAGACUAUGACCGUAAUGACCGAAAUUGAUGAGAAGAAGCUUGUUCACAAGAUUGACUGGUGGAUAGUGCCGCUGAUGUGGGCCUGUUAUAACCUCCAAUACCUGGACAAGACGUUGAUCAACUAUGCCAAUGUCAUGGGUCUCCAAGAGGACACAUCCAUUACCGGUGACCAGUUCUCGCAGCUGGCUCUCGUGUUCUAUGUUUCCUACCUCGCGUUCGAGUUCCCCACCGGCUAUCUCAUGCAACGCCUGCCGACUGCCAAGUAUCUAGGUGCCAAUGUUACCUUGUGGGGUCUAAUGGUGGCUUUAACAUCAGCCGCCCACAACUGGGCUGCACUGGUUUCGUUGCGAGUACUUCUGGGCUGCUUUGAGUCUGCCGUGGCUCCGGCCUUGAUUCUUAUUACGUCGAUGUGGUAUCGGAAGUCUGAGCAACCAGCACGAGUCGCGUUCUGGUACGUCGGCACCGGGACUGGCACCAUCAUUGGCGCCUUGACUUCCUUCGGGUUCCAGCACUACCUCGGCGACCAAUUCACGAGUUGGCAGAUCAUGUUCCUACUUUUCGGGCUUAUCACCAUUGCCGUCGGCAUUCUCGUCAUGGUUUUCAUGCCUGAUAGCCCCAUGUCCUCCAAGCUUAGUCGCGAGGAGAAGAUCUGGGCCAUCGAACGAGUACGAGAGAACCAGACCGGUAUUGAGAACAAGCAUUUCAAACCGUAUCAGGUGCUUGAGUGUUUCCUAGAUCCGCAGACUUGGUUGCUGUGCCUCAUUACUAUUGCCAGUAGCGUUCCGAACGGGGCUGUCAGCAGCUAUCAGGCUACUAUCAUCAAGGGUUUUGGGUAUACCAGCAAAGAGACAGCGCUGCUUAGCAUCCCAAGUGGUGUGGUAGCUUGUUUCUCGGUGAUUACUUCAGGUGUAGUUGCGACGAAGUACAACACUCGUGGACCCGUUGCCAUCGUGAUCAUAUUGAUCGGCGGCAUAUUGGGAGGUUCUCUGUUGGCCUUCUCACCAUCAAACAACAAAGGCGCGCUCCUAACUGGUAACUAUCUCACGAAUAUCAUUGGUUCAUCUCUCCCCUUGCUGUACUCUUACGCUGCGGCGAAUUACGCGGGUCAUACCAAAAAAGUCACCAUGAACGCGGCACUACUGAUGUCCUUCUGUCUCGGCAAUAUCAUUGGUCCUCUAACUUUCAGAGACGCUGACAAGCCUAACUACCUUCCCGCAAAGAUUGCGAUUGUGGCUACCUCUGCGGCUGCAGUGGCCCUUACUGCUGUGCUGAUGGCGUAUUACUCGUGGGAGAAUAAGCGAAGGGAUAAACUGCACGUGGGCCACAAGGAGAAUAGCGAAUUCAUGGACUUGACAGACAAGGAAAACAAGGAGUUCCGAUACCGGUGGUAG